AAUUUUUCAUUUUCCCUUCUCAUUCAAUAUCCCUCUAUUGGAGUCGUCUUCUUCUUCUUCGUCAGAGACAUCAAUCACCAGGUAACUUCACAGACAACAAACAUGGCCGAUUCACGUGAAGAAAAUGUGUACAUGGCCAAGUUGGCUGAGCAGGCUGAGAGGUAUGAGGAAAUGGUUGAGUUUAUGGAGAAGGUUGCAAAGGUAGAUGUUGAAGAGCUGACUGUGGAGGAAAGGAAUCUUCUUUCUGUGGCUUACAAGAAUGUCAUUGGUGCAAGAAGGGCUUCGUGGAGGAUAAUAUCUUCAAUUGAGCAGAAAGAGGAGAGCCGUGGAAAUGAAGACCAUGUUAGCAGCAUUAAAGAAUAUAGAGCCAAAAUUGAGGCCGAGCUCAGCAAGAUCUGUGAUGGGAUUUUGAGCCUUCUCGAGUCUCAUUUAGUACCAUCAGCCUCAACAGCCGAGUCCAAAGUGUUUUACUUGAAGAUGAAAGGUGAUUACCAUAGGUACUUGGCUGAGUUCAAGACGGGGGCAGAGAGGAAAGAAGCUGCAGAGAACACUUUAUUAGCCUACAAGUCUGCUCAGGAUAUAGCAUUGGCUGAACUGGCUCCUACUCAUCCAAUCAGACUGGGACUUGCCCUUAACUUUUCAGUGUUCUAUUAUGAAAUUCUUAACUCACCUGAUCGUGCUUGUAACCUUGCAAAGCAGGCCUUUGAUGAUGCCAUCGCAGAGCUGGAUACAUUGGGCGAGGAAUCUUACAAGGACAGUACAUUGAUUAUGCAGCUUCUCCGAGACAAUCUCACACUUUGGACCUCUGAUACCACAGAUGAUGUCGAGGAUGAGAUCAGGGAAGCUUCAAAACAAGAGUCGGGUGAUGGACAGCAGUGAUAUCUAAGUAGCCUAGUCUUGUACUCCUUAUUUUGUGAUUUUCGACGACUCUUCGUAUCACUGCUGAAGUUGUUUGAUAUAAAAACAGGUUUUAGUCUGAUAAAAGAAACAUGUUUUAGUACAAUUUGUUUGUGAUGCUAUUGGCAUCGCCAUUUAAUAAUUAGAGUUGGAAUA